CGAAAAUUCGAAGAUAUUGCAAACAGGCCUUUAGAGCCUCUAAAAAAAUAGGCAACCAGUGUUAUCAUAAGAUAGAGUUGUUUGUGCAAAAAGUUUGUUCCAUUAACGGGGCGAUGUAAGUCUUGGUGGUUGAAGCGGUAGAUUGAGGAUUAUUUGUUGCAUUUAGAGGCAUUCCACAGUGGUUUCACAUAGACGAAAUCGGUUAAAAACAAGCAGUCAACUCUAUGUUGGCUAUUUUUGACAUUCACAAAAAUUAUUGCAAAAAAAACGUGAAUUAUUAGUAAAAUUUAACUUAUGGUGUUGAAGUUCGCAGGCAUAGAGGUUGGUGGGAUCGGCUUGUAAAUUUGGUGUAGAAUGAUGCGGAAAAGAUGUCAUAAUAGAAAGAAGAAAGUAGCACUCCAGCAUUAAAUGAUGGAUUUGGACCCAUGUGUGGAUGAAAAUUACACACCUUUUCUGAUAGACAGUGGCACAGAAAGCCCCUUAGACACUGAACAUUCCGAAGAAUCUACUGUUUGUGACAUUAAAAUUAAUAUUUCAAAACCUAAAACCAAAGCAGCAAAACUUUCAACUUCGUUAAUAGAUAAGUCAUUUUCUAUCGAUGAAGAUGAACUAUGCACCCCUAUGGAACCCACUCAAGUUGGCAUAUUCAAUUUAGCACCAUCUGCUUCACCAAAUAGUGCUACCCCAGAAGAGACAACCUCAGAAGAGGAUGAUGGAAUUGAAGAUAGUAUACAUAUUGACAUGGACAAAGCCUGUCUGGAAGCACAAGAACAACUCUCUGAGCAUAUUGUCAAGGACGAAGAAGAGCUGAGUCGUGCCGAUGAGCUGGAAGCAGAUAAGGGACAACUGGUGACCAUAGAAGAGACUAGUGAGCUCGACGAUGAAAACGACAGUUCGGAAAGAGAAACAAUUAGCUUAUCAAAUACUCCACGAAAUUCCAUAUUAAGAAAGCGUUCUUGCUUUGAGCUAUCAGCCGAAGGAGAUAAUUGCCCUGCAACUCGACAUGUAUGUUUUCCCAGUGAUGAGCGUAAGCUCUUUAGUUACAAGGAACCCGAAGAUUAUAUGUGGAUUAUUGAUGAGUUCAUUUCCGCCGAGCAAAUUUUACAAAUUUACCAAGAAUCAUGUAAAAAACACAAAACUAUAGAACUAGACACAAUAAAAUCUCAACUGCAGGAGAUUAAAAAUAACAUGAACCAUUCAGCUACUUUAAAAUUGUCAUCUAUAAAAAUAACUCGAGAAGUAACAGAGACCUUUGAAGAUCUACUAAAAGUGACCAACUUUCAUACUUUGAUCCUUCAAGAAUGCCAAUUUACAUCCCAAACCAUGACCGAGUUUUUAAACAGCUUGCAAUAUUACAACUCUGUGUGUCAUUUCGAAAUUGCGAUGAAUUUUGAAGACGAAGAUACUUGGAAGUCUUUCUGCAGCGCCUGUAGUCACAUUAUGGUUCUUCAAUCUUUGUCUUUUAAAGGAAUGAUUAUUAGUGAACCCUACAUGAGGCAAUUAAUAACGGCUGUUCGAAAUAAUGAACACAUUUCUACGCUGAAAUUUGAUAAUUGCGUGCUGGUCAAACUACCAACAUUCUAUUUAGUGGAAGCUCUUAUGACAAGUUAUACCAUAAGAGAACUGUACUUACCAUCUACGGGUCUAUAUACUAAAGAAGCGGAUACCUUACAAAGGUUUCUUGUAAAUAAUAUACAUUUAAAAGUAUUAGAUAUUAGUAAUAAUAAUUUGGGCGAUCGAGGGCUUGAAGUUCUUGCCAAAGGGCUAUGCAAUCAAGCAAGUGAAUGUAAUCCGAACACCGAAGGCAUCGGUUUAUCGGUACUGAUUAUUUUUAACAAUCAGAUAACCGAGAAAAGUGGAGUAGUGAUCAAAAAUAUUAUUGUCGAGUGCAAAAAUUUGCACACUUUAAAUAUAGGCUUUAAUAACUUAACCGAUGAUGUCUUAUAUCAUAUAAGUGACGGAUUGCCAUAUACUCAAUGUCUCGAAGGCCUUGGGCUUCAAUGCACCCUCCUAACGUGCAAAGGCAUUUCAGCCCUUUCCAAAGCUAUUCCAAAUAAUACAUCGCUUCAGAAAAUCAACUUAAAGGGCAACAAGGCAAUCCAAAUCCUGGGCAUAGAAACAUUGUGCACCGCUUUAACAAACUCGAAAAUCACCAAAAUAGAAAUUGACGAUAACAAUCGGUCUUGCAAUGAUCCUGAAGCUUAUUCUCAGCUGGUUAAAAAGCUACAAGCAAUUUGCACCGUUAACAAAAACUAUGUAGAUGAUAGCAGUGAUGAUGAGGAAAAGGAGGUGCUGAAUAUUUCUCAAAAGAUAUCACGAAAGGUGUCUUUGAGCUGCGAACCGAGAUACGGACCACCAGAUGUCACAAGGACAUUUCAGAUCGGUUCACCUUUGCCGUCUCCUGCGUCAAGUCCGGCACCAAGGAGUCGUUUUCAGAUAGUCAAAGUUCCUGAAAAUGGCAAAGCUGAACCGCCUACUCCCAUUCAUCUGACUAAAUCUAGAUUCAAAGUAACAAAAGUAUCACCAAGCCCUGAGGAAGACUUGCACUUAGGGCGGUUCGCAAAUAUUAGAAGCAGUGUUUCAUCUAAUGAUAGUAUGGAUUCAUUGGCAGCGCUUCAUUUAGAUAGCGAUAGUGAGUGCGAUUAGCUUUUACUCUCGUAUUGAUGAAAUAUAUGUUUCAAAAUUUGAAACUCUUUUUUGAAGAGUUAAACAGUACUAGGAUGGACAAGAGCAAUAAUUUAUCAGUUUUUUGACGUCAUUGCUUGAACAUUUAAGGCUUUGAGGACGUGGUUAGUUCGGAUUUCUUCUUGAUGUUUGCCUAACACGUGUAGCGGUAGCUUUAGAAGUGAUUGCUUGAUCCGAUGCUUUUCUGUUGCUACAGCUCUUAUUUACAUAUGGGGUGCGGCGUAUUUAUAAAUCGGAUCAUGUGGCCUGCAUUGUUAUUGUUGUGCUGUUUAGGUCUGUUCCUAGUGCCAUUAUUUCUUAUUACCUAUUGAUAUAUGUAGUUAUAUUAUGGCGCCGAUUGGCAUCUGGGCGUGAACUUUCAAGCAGUCACCUCUGAAGAAGUCGGGAAGUUCCAUUUAACGAUCACUUUUGAAUAUAUAAAGUGUUAUACACUUUCCGAAUUGAAUGUCGCUACUUAUUCUAAACGAAUGCAUUGUUUAUGCCUGGGACUGCUUCGAACAAAACCGGACAGUUAAUAUUCAUCAAGGGAUUUUUAUGAACUGCCUAAACGACCCCAGUUAAAUUUAGUGAUUAUUGCUUGGAAACAGCAAAUAUACUUCGUACCUAAUUCGUAUAGUACCUAGGAGGCAGGAGCAACUUUCUCUAGAUUCUUACUGUUUAAGUAUAAACUUAAAUGUUAUUUUUGUCUAAGGUAGUUGUAUGUAACAAUAAGCAGUUUAUAUGCAUUUAAUCAGUCUUAGUGUAGUAAUGUUGUACCCGUAACAGGGUACCCAUAGUGCUAAACAAAAUCUGUUUAUUAAUGCAAGAAGUAUAGUGAAUCAAUUAAUGAACCGUAUUGUUAAGCGUACAUACAAUUUAUCUUUUUGUGGAUAUACAUAUAUAAAGCACCUUCAGUUAUUGAAAAGCCGCCGAUCAAGUUCUUUCUGUAACACAUGUAUACUUGCAAAAAGUGAAUUUAAUGGUAUGGACCAAUUGACUGAAGGCAAAAUCAUAAGAAAAAAGUCAAUUAUGUCAGUCUACAUGCAAAGAAUUCUCUAUUUUAUCUUAUUCAGCUAUCGCUUGCCAACACGUACUGUGUUUUCAAAAUUAUCUCGUAUGGCUUUGUCUUUAGUUAAAUGAUCCACUCCGAUAACUAAUCAACAACUGCAAAGAAUCGUUUGCCAUAUUAACCCAUUCUAAAAAGUAGUUCAUAAAAACCCUUACCAGUCUCAGUCUUUAAAUUUCGUAUUUUUUGAUUCUGUGAUACAUCUUAUUGAUGAUUUUUCCUUAGAAUUUAUUUGUUUCCAAGUACAAUAAUUUUGUGAUGUUACAGACAACUGUUAGGUUGACAUGUUGCAAAAGCGCCCUUAUUUAUAAUAACUUCUGUAUAUUACUUUUAAGCAAUUCAUUCUUAUCGGUCUUAUUAUAUUAAACUGUUUAUAUUAUUUCAUUGCAGCAAAAAAGUAACUAGACAAUAAGCUUAUGUCCAGUUUUAUUAUUAUUACUUACUAUUUUGACUACAUGCGUAAGGAAAAUAUUUUUAUAUAUUAAAAUUUAGAAUCCUGUCAAACAUAAGGGUGAAUUACCAACAAACCUCAAUGUAAGUGGGUGUUUUUAUUUUGAAUUUGAAAUAAGCCGAAUAUCACUCGUCACAUUUUUUUAUAAGUGUUUCACCAUCAAGUGAAAUAAUUAUUUUAAAAUAAGUGUGGAAUUGGUACACAGGAAAGUGUAUGCUGGAUUAUACAGGUACUUAAAUUAGUUACAAUUUAUUAACAAACUUUUCUUUUUAACUUAGCGGAAACGAGUUCUAAUCUGCGGUAUUGGAAAGAUAAAAUAUAUCUUGUGUUAGGUGAUAGUAUAAAGUCCAAAAACUUAAUUUGUAGUGAUAUUUUGUGGUGUUUAAAUAAAAUUAGCUAGAGUGUAGGCCUGUACAUAAAGUUUUUUCUACAAAUUAUAUAUGUUAUAUAUGUUAUUACUAAAAACGAAUAAAAAAUUGAGAAUUCAAUUACUUGAUUGCAAACGUCGAGCCAGCAGACAGUGAAUUAAUCUGUACAUUGUAUAUCUGAAAAUUGAUAUAUGCGAAAUAGUGAUUAUAUUAAAUCUAUUUUUAUAUAUUAAUGAUUAAUAUUUGGGGUUAAGAUUAGAAUAGAUAACAAUAGAAUUUUUUGGUACAAAGCUAAUUGUAUUUUUUCCUACCUAACCAAAAUAUUUCUUUCAGUUUUCUCGCAUGCACCCGUUUCGCUAAUUUUGUUACUUAGUUUUUUUAUUAUUUAUAUUCUUGUGUAUGUGAUAAAAUGGAUGUGAUACUGUAUGAUACCGUCUAGGAGUAUUUUAAAAUUAACCACAUAUUGUAGAUUCACUGUGUCUAUAAUAAAAAUGUAUGUUUCUUCUAGA